AUGUUGUCGACCGCCUUCAUCCUCACCUCCUUCGUGCUGACCGCCUCGGCGAAGCUGGCGAUCAUCGGCGAGUACCACGGCGAGUAUAGUCCUUGCAGCUUCCACCAGGUCGUCGUGACGGAGACGGAGUUUCGCGACGCAUACCUUCCGAAUCCCGACAGUGUCACCAACAUCACGCAAUACGACAACGACGAGAAAUACUUGGUCGGCCAGAACAUCGACUGGGAAUAUGCGAAAGACAAGUGGUCGCGCAUCGACUGGGAAUAUGUCGAAGGGAAAUUUACCUACUGCCGCAUUGUUUAUAACGCCGACAACGAGACGGAGGCGAAAAGUUUUGCGAAACCUAAGAUUGCGAUCAAGAACUCAUGCGGAGGCUUCCCGUGGUCAACGAUGACUUCGGGGUUGGCGACUCUGCGCGCUCCCUAG